ACUUGGAAAUGGCAAUAAUUGCAAAUACAAUUUCUACUCUCAUAUCAUAUCCUUCAACCUCAUCAUCUCACUUGGGAUCUUGGGCAUUCAGCAAGCUAAAAAAAAAAUGGGCCAAGUUAUGUUUCUUUUGGGUAGCCUCAUUGGAUUAUGCAGCUUCACAAUCACUACCUUUGCCUUCUCACCUUCUGGAUGGACCAAUGCCCAUGCUACUUUUUAUGGGGGUAGUGAUGCUUCAGGCACUAUGGGGGGAGCUUGUGGGUAUGGGAAUCUGUAUGCAACUGGUUAUGGAACUAGAACUGCAGCUUUAAGCACUGCCUUAUUCAAUGACGGAGCUUCCUGUGGCCAGUGCUACAAAAUCAUAUGUGAUUACAAAGCAGACUCAAGAUGGUGCAUCAAAGGAAGAUCUGUCACCAUAACCGCCACAAAUUUUUGCCCUCCCAAUUUUGCUCUUCCUAACAAUAAUGGAGGCUGGUGCAACCCACCCCUCAAGCAUUUUGACAUGGCCCAACCUGCAUGGGAAAAGAUUGGUAUUUACAGAGGAGGAAUCGUGCCUGUCUUAUUCCAAAGGGUUCCAUGCAAAAAGCACGGAGGGGUUAGGUUCAGUGUGAAUGGAAGGGACUACUUUGAGCUUGUGUUGAUCAGCAAUGUGGGUGGGGCUGGAUCCAUCCAAUCUGUGUCCAUUAAAGGAUCGAAAACUGAGUGGAUGGCAAUGUCAAGAAACUGGGGUUCUAAUUGGCAAUCCAAUGCAUAUUUGAAUGGUCAAUCUUUGUCCUUCAGGGUCACAACCACUGAUGGAGAAACCAGAGUUUUCCAAAAUAUAGUUCCAUCAAGUUGGAGUUUUGGCCAAACUUUCUCCAGCCCAGUUCAGUUCUAAGCUCAGGAAAAACUCAACGGCUGAGGCGUGCUUUUUAUUUUAAUGGAGCAGCCCGCCACUCCUCUCAUCUGGUUUUCAUUAUUUGGGGGACUCAACCCAUCAACUCCAAUCCCAUAAUGAAGGCACAAUAUAUACAUGCCUUAAUAAAUUGUUAGCAAUAGGAAGCUAAAGCUUGUAGAAAUCAAAUAAGCAUCUUUCAGGUUUAAAUUUAUACCAUAAAUAAAUUGUUCUAAUAUGAAUACUACACUUCAAGUGGAAGCUUGUGUUGCGGGAGUUUGGGAAAAUAUCAGUUCCCUCAAUUUUUCCA